AUGUCAAAUUCAAGAUACUCUCAGAUCGAAUCAAACAAUGACAAUAAAUUAGAAGGAUUAGCCAAUAAGCUAGCCACGUUCAGGAAUAUAAAUCAAGAGAUCGGAGACCGAGCGGUUUCGGACAGCACAGUCAUAAACCAAAUGACAGAUUCGCUUGGGUCAAUGUUUACCGACCUUAAAAACUCUUCCUCAAGGUUAACUCGAUCAUUGAAGGCUGGUAAUGGUAUAUGGAGAAUGGUGGGUUUGGCGUUGUUAAUAUUCUUCAUUCUUUAUACUCUGUUUAAGUUGUUUUAA